GGGAAAGGGAAUCCAAGCGGGAUGGGACGGCCGGACAGCCGGGCCGGGGAAAGGAAACUCGAGCGGGAUGGGGAAGGCAAACCCCAGCGGGAUAGGACAGUCGGGAUGGGAAAGGGAACCCCUGCAGGAUGGGACAGUCGGGAUGGGGAUUGGGAACCCCAGCGGGAUGGGACAGGCGGGCCGGGGAAGAGGAGCGGCCCCGUCCCUUCCGCCGGCGGCAGGAAGCAGGAAGGGAGCGGGCAGGGCUGCGGGGAGCCCGGGCGGUCUCUGCUCUUCUCCCUCGCUGUGGAGAUGGUGGUCCUGCGGGCUGGGCUCUGCCCUGGUCUCACUGAAGACAUGAUCCAGCUCCUCAGGGCCAAUGGCAUCAGGACGGUUGUGGACUUUGUGUCUUCAGACCUGGAGGAUGUUGCCCAAAAGUGUUCCCUGUCUUACAAGGCGCUGGUUGCAGUCAGACGUGUGCUCCUGGCCCAGUUCUCUGCCUUCCCUGCCAAUGGAGCUGACCUCUACGAGGAGCUCAAGAGCUCCACUGCCAUCCUGCCCACUGGCAGCCCAAGCCUGGACCAGCUGCUGGACUCAGGGCUGUACACGGGAGAAGUGACAGAGCUCAUGGGAGCACCAGGCACUGGGAAGACACAGGUGUGCCUGGGCAUUGCAGCCAGUGUGUCCCUGGGGCUCAAGCAGCACGUCCUGUUUCUCGACUCCACGGGGGGUUUCACUGCCUCCCGUCUCUGCCAGAUGCUCCAAGCCCAGACAGAGGAUGAGGAAGAGCAGCUGGAGGCUCUGCAGAGGGUGCAGGUGGAACGUGUGUUCAACAUCUACGAGGUGCUGAGUGCCCUGCAGGAGCUGCGGGAUCGCCUCUCCCAGCAGGUCGUGAGCUCCGUGGGACCUCUCAAGGUGGUGGUGCUGGACUCGGUGUCGGCUGUGAUUUACCCUCUGCUGGGUGGCAGGCAGUCAGAGGGUCUGGCCCUCAUGAUGCAGCUCUCCAAGGAGCUGAAGACCCUGGCUAGGGAGUUCAGCCUUGCUGUUGUGGUGACCAACCAGGUGACAAGGGACAGCAGCAGUGGCCCACUGAAGCCAGCCCUUGGCCGCUCCUGGAGUUUCGUGCCCAGCACCCGGGUGCUGCUGGAGAGCAGAGAAGGCUCCUGGGAGAGACCCAGCACACAACGUGCAGCUUCCCUGGCCAAGUCACCCCGGCAGCCAACAGGGAUCCAGGUGGAGCUGGACAUUGGAAAUGGUGACGUGUUGGAACCCAGCCUGGUGACAGCCACACAGGGACUCUGAUGGGAUGGAGAAGCAAAUGUCACAAGGUUCAAGAGAGCUGCACAAAAGCAGGCAAGCACUGAAGGUUUUGCAAACUGACUGAGAGUCCUGCAGCCCUGGGAAGGACCAACAAGAAAAAUCUCUUGUGGGAACACUAAAUGUGGGUUCCCUGGAGACCUCUGUGCCUGCAGUGGCUGGGCUGUGAGGGCAGCCAGGUCCUGUCCUCUGCUGUCUUCACCCCCCAGAGCCAGCCCUGUGCUCAGGUUUGGGAUCAGCACAACCCCACAAAUCCCCUGUGCUGGUUCUGUUCCCCCAUGGCUCCUUGACCUCUGGAGUUCUGAUCAUCCUUGGGCCCACAGUGGGCUUGGUUCAGAAAUAAAACAAACAAAAAAGCUGUUUCACAUGGCUGUGGUUGUUGAGAGCUGGAAUUCAGUUAAUGACAGCUGCUCUGAACUUAAUUAAAAUGUUGAGCAGGCCUGGGGUGGGACAGGCUGCUGAUGAGCAGGGACACAAUGAGAUCCUUGAUCUUCCCUUCUCCCCAGAGGAACACCAGGCGCUGUGGGGACCUGCUGGUGGUUUUGGGGCACAGCUGGGCUGUGUAAAGCCUUGCUGCUGACUGAUGGAGGUUCUGGUCUGGAUUAGCUGGGGCAGAUGGGUCCUGGCUGGCACCAGCUGGCCCUGCUGGAUGCUCAAGGACCUGUUCAAUUGCAUGUGGUGAUG